CCCCGACGCUGCUGCGGCCCUUCGCGCACGCGCACCGCCGGCUCCGCGCCGCCUAGUGCUGCUCGGCCCGGCUCCCGCCCAGACGGCGGCCGACGCGACUCUCGGGGCGCUCUGCCCGCUCCCUCCCGCCGCGGCCCCGCAGGUCCCCCACUGUAGGCUACGGUAGCCCAGAGUUCUUCCUGUGCUGAGUGUUCUGUGUGGAGCUGUGAACCCAUCCGCCUGCAUCUCCCUGCUGCCCGGUGGGCCUCGGAGCCAUGGCAACGGAGGAGAAGAAGCCGGAGGCAGAGGCUGCCCGAGCGCAGCCCACCCCCUCGUCAUCGGCCACGCAGAGCAAGCCGACACCUGUGAAACCGAACUAUGCUCUAAAGUUCACCCUGGCCGGCCACACGAAAGCCGUGUCCUCUGUGAAGUUCAGCCCGAACGGGGAGUGGCUGGCGAGUUCGUCUGCAGACAAGCUCAUUAAAAUUUGGGGCGCCUAUGAUGGGAAAUUCGAGAAAACUAUAUCUGGUCACAAGCUGGGAAUAUCCGAUGUGGCCUGGUCCUCAGAUUCUAACCUCCUUGUUUCUGCCUCAGAUGACAAAACCCUAAAGAUAUGGGAUGUGAGCUCGGGAAAGUGUCUGAAAACCCUGAAGGGACACAGUAAUUAUGUCUUUUGCUGUAACUUCAACCCGCAGUCCAACCUCAUUGUCUCAGGCUCCUUCGAUGAGAGCGUGAGGAUAUGGGAUGUGAAGACGGGGAAGUGCCUCAAGACCCUGCCUGCGCACUCGGACCCUGUCUCCGCCGUUCACUUCAACCGCGACGGGUCCCUGAUCGUGUCCAGCAGCUACGACGGGCUCUGCCGGAUCUGGGACACCGCCUCUGGCCAGUGCCUGAAGACGCUGAUCGACGACGACAACCCGCCAGUGUCCUUUGUGAAGUUCUCCCCGAACGGCAAGUACAUCCUGGCAGCGACCUUGGACAACACCCUGAAACUCUGGGACUACAGCAAAGGGAAGUGCCUGAAGACGUACACUGGGCACAAGAACGAGAAGUACUGCAUAUUUGCCAACUUCUCCGUGACGGGGGGGAAGUGGAUCGUGUCUGGCUCAGAAGACAACCUGGUGUACAUCUGGAACCUGCAGACCAAGGAGAUUGUGCAGAAGCUGCAGGGCCACACAGACGUGGUGAUCUCGACGGCGUGCCAUCCGACGGAGAACAUCAUCGCCUCGGCCGCGCUGGAGAACGACAAGACCAUCAAGCUCUGGAAGAGCGACUGCUAGGCCCGCCCGCGGCCGCGGUGACCCGAUGGGCAGGGCGGAGCCUGGGGUUCCCCUGAUCCAGGCUGGGGGUCGGGGCGGGGCCUGGACCCCUCUGAGGACCAUUAGGCCAAGGGGGAGAGUUCCCACCAGAAAGUUCUAGAGGUGACAUUGCCGAUUCCUCUCACUGGGAAGAGUUCCUAGUCUAUUGUGUUCCGUCAACAAAACUUUUCAUUUUUUAUGACAGAAGGUGAGGUGAAGUUGAGUUUGUCGCGGUGUUUUCCCAGUAAGCGUUCUGUACUGUUUUUGAUGUUUCAUUGCCCGUGCCAGCGCUGUGACCAGUCGCCUCGGCGCUCUGCCCGGCUCCGCAGGUCCUGGCUGGCAGCAGGCACUGCCCGACCCUGUCCCGCUGCCGCCGGCCCUGCCUGUAGUGGUUCCCCGUGUGGUUGUCUGGAACCCAGACCCUGUGAGGCCGUGUCUGUGAACCCUCGUGCUCAGGCGCUUGGUGCUGUGUGUGGUGUCCACACAGCACGCCGCGCCGCAGGCAGGAAGCAGGCGGGCCCUGGCAGCGGGCUCCCUGGCAGCUCCUCUCCCUGCUGUUGGCACAAGCACGGACUUGGUUAAGGCUGGGACGGGGCCCUGCACUGAACACUGCACGGGGCGGGGAUGAGCUCUCCGGGAGGGCCUAGUUGAGACGGAGCCCGGCCCUGAAACGUCCUGCCGAACAUUACAGAUGGCUCUCGGGCGGCUGGGGUGCAGGAGGCCCCGGAACCUCAGUUCCCGGUGCAGGCUCUGCUCCCAGGGACCAGCCGGUGGCUCUCCUCUGUUGCCGGCCUAAGGACCGGCAGGUUUCUUGGAGUCCUUGGCGGCAGGGAGCAGGGUGGCAUCCGCCUGCCUGGCCCUCCCGGCCCGCCGAGCCUGGGCAGCGGUGGGCGUGAGGGCAGGACUGCAGGGCAGUUUGUGGCAGUGGCUGGCUCCUGGGGACCCCUGCAUGUAGCAAGGCCCCCCUGGGUUCGAACCCAGGCUGCAGCUCUGAGACCUUCAGUGGAGGCAUGAGGGAGGUGCGGACCCACCGGGGCUGGGUGAGCAGUCAGCUGACGUCCAUCCACAGCCUGGGCCUCAGCCCUGCUCUCCUGAGCCCUGGCCCUGGUUCUGGGGUUCGGGACGGUGCCAAGUGGUGGAUGAAGCUUGUAGGGCCUGGAGUUGAUGGGCUGUGAGGAAGUGGGGGCCACCCUCACAGGCCUCCUGGGAGCCACCUAGUGGCCACUGUGGGGAAGGUGACAGCCCUGAGGGCACCUUGGGCGGCGGCUGCCACAGGCCGUCCUUGGAAGUGGAUGUGCUCGUGGCUUGUCCGUCUUUGGGACAAAUGGCCACAGGGAGAGGGCGCAUCGCUCGGGCGCCCCCGCUCGGAGUCCUGAUAGGAGAGCGGAGGCUGCGGGGACUUGGCUGGCGGUUCCCGGGAGAGUUCGCUCCUUGUUUUGUUGGUUCUGGUGUUGGUUUGCCCCCGGGAGGAGGGGUGUGUGCGGAGCACCGUAUCCUGAAUAUAGUGUAUUUUUUCUACAUUGGAAUUCUCUGUUGUAGAUUUAUGUAAAAAUACAUUCACUUUUUGGAAAUAAAGAUUUUCAUGUCUUGUA